AUGAACUUUGAUUUGAAUGAAGCUCCCUUUGAUGAUCUCGGAGAUGAAGAUAGGUGUGUAUAUGUUGAAGAUUCUGUGGAUGUUGAAGAAGUCAGACAUGUUGACGAUUUUGAAGAUGUUGUACAUGUUGAAGAUGUUGAAGAAAGUGAGCAAAGUUUACCAGAUGAUAAUGAAAAUUUGGAUGAUGGACAGUUUGAACCCCAUUUGAAUUCAGAUUCAGAUGCAAAUCUGAAUGAUGAAGAUUUUGAUUUGGUGGAUCAAUUUGAAACAAAAUUUCAACCAGGGGAACCCGUGCCAGAUCCUGAUACAGCUUACCUUCUAUAUUGUGAGUACGGAAGACUUAAGGGCUUUAGCGUGACAAGACGUAACCAAGAUUACUUCACAGGCACUAAAAUAUGGCGUUUCAAAGAAUUUGUUUGUUCCUGCAAUGGCAAGAGUGAUUGCAAAGCAUCUGAUGGAAGGAUGCCAACUUACAAGAAGCAAGUUCGGAGGUGUUCGUGUAAGGCAAAGCUAAGAGUGUCACGCAAGUGGGAGAAGGAAUGGAAAGUUUCUUCAUUCUACACAGAGCACAAUCAUGAAUUAUUUCCGACUCAGCAAUCUUAUUUGCUACGAUCAGCGCGUAAUUUGUCGACUUAUAAGAAAUCUUUGCUAGAAGCCAUGCAGUCAGUCGGCAUUAGCAUUGCUAAGGCUUGUAGAUUCAUGGAGAAGGAGUCCGGCGGUCCUCAAAAUUGUGGUUUUACUAGGAAGGAUGCAUAUAAUCACAUUAAUGGGCUUAAGAUGAAGACGAAAGUAGAGAACGGUGAUGCAAAGUGCCUUGUUGAAUAUUUUACGACGAAGGCAAAUACAGAACCAUUCUUCUAUUGGGACUUUGAACUUGAUGAUGAGGGCCGACUUCUUAAUUUCUUCUUCAGAGACACACGCAGCUCGUUGGACUAUGAGUAUUUCGGCGAUGUCUUAUCUGUGGAUAGUACAUAUCGGACGAACAAGUACAAACUUGUUUGUGUACCUUUUGUUGGUGUCAACCACCACUUGAAUAAUGUGAUGUACGGAAUGGGUUUUUUAUCAGAUGAAACUAGCCGAUCGUAUGAAUGGCUACUUACUACUUUUUGGGCGAGCAUGUCUUGUAAAGAACCAGAGGUGAUUUUUACAGAUCAAUGCCAAUCUCUUAUGAAUGCAGUUGAUAUCGUAUUUACAACUUCUAGUCAUCGUCUUUGCCAAUGGCAUAUCAAUCAGAACGCGCCAUCUCAUUUCGGAAAACUGAACGGGAGUUCUAUCUUCAAGAAAGCUUGGUUUCAUUGUAUGAAUGGCUGUGAUACGGCUGGCGAAUUUGAAGAUGCGUGGAAAACUAUGAUUGAUCAGUAUGCGCUUGGUGAUCAUAGAUGGUUUAACACCAUGUACGGUUUGAAGACUAGAUGGUCAUCUGCAUUUACGAAUCACCGAUUCUGCGCCGGCCUACAUGCUACAUCACGUAGUGAGGUAACCAACAAAGUUCUAAAGAGCCUUUGUAAUGCGAGCACAUCUCUGCAUGAUUUUGUGCUUAAGUUCGAAGAAAUACAGAUUGAGUGGAGUCGAAAAGAAACUGAAGAGGAUGCACUUUGCAUAGGAGUGCCCGGGUUAUUUGUUCUAAACAAUGAACUUAUGAAGGGUGCGGCUAAAGUAUUGACAAGAAGUGUUUUUCGAAAAAUUGAGCAGCAGGCAGCUUAUUCGAUGAAUGUGGAUUUAAUCAAAGGUCCAUCACGAUAUGAUUCGGAUGACCUCCAGUUUACUGUGACCUCUGGUUUUGGUGGUGGAAAGCCCAGGUAUAUUGAAUUCAAUAGGGAAACCCAUCUUUGUACGUGCACUUGUCGGCUAUUCGAAACUGCAGGUUUUUUGUGUUCUCAUAUUUUCAAGAUUUAUUUUCUUAUGAAUGUGAAAAAAAUUCCCAACGAAUAUUUGUUGAAGAGGCUAUCUCUGGCUGCCAAGCAAAGAAUUAUCACGAAUGUUGCUGCCGACAAUGUAGUUGAUAAUGAUUCCGCCCUACAUGUAUCUGGUUUGGCUUUCGCAAAUCAGGUCAUGCGUACUACAUAUGAGCUUAGUGAAUAUGCAAAAGUCAAUUCUGAUAAGCGUGGGCUUAUAUUGACCAGACUUGCCUCAUUGUGCAAGGAGGUUUAUGGUUCGAAUGAUGUUCAGAAUGGGUUGCCAAGAGAUGGCAGUGAAGUGCCGAAAGGAGAUUGCUCAAAGGGUGUUGAGAACUCCUCGGCAGGAGCGCAGUAUGAGUUGCCGAAGACACGUGGUUCGAAGGUUGCUGAGAAAGCCUCGGCAGGAGAGAAGAAGCAAGGGCUGCCGGAGAGACGUGGUUCGAAGGGUGUUGAGAAUGCCUCGGCGGUAGAGCAGCAUGAGUUGCCGAAGAGAGGUGGUUCGAAGGCUGCUGAGAAUGCCUCGGCAGGAGAGCACCAUGAGUUGCCGAAGAGAGGUGGUUCCAAGGCUGCUGAGAAUGCCUCGGCAGGAGAGCAGCAUGCGAUGCCGAAAAGACCUGGUUCGAUGACUGUUGAGAAGCCCUUGGCAAGAGAGCAGCCUCAAUUGCCGAAAGGAGGUAUUUCAUUUCGCAAUCCGAAAGUUGCCAAAACACGUGGUGAAACGAAUUCAACAAUUAUUCGCCAUUGGGAUAGAUCUAAAAGUAAGGGUAAAAAGAAAGUAUCUAACAAGAAAUCCGGUUGUAAAUUUGGUGGUUCGCAGAAACGAAAGUUGCAUGAAGCUCAAGCCGCCCCUUCUGAUAGUAAUGCUACGCCAUACGAAAGUCCUUCGGUAUCGGAAUGUUGGGAUACUACUUUUGGUUGGACACGUGCUGAUGCUAAAAGAUACAUUCAUAUUAGUGACAAUGAAGACCGGAUAAAUCACACCCCGGAAGAUGACUUUCAGGACUUGGACUUGGAAUUUAGUCUCUCAAGGAAUUGA